UGCAACGAGAUUCAAGUAAAAUAUUUGACAGAACCUGAAGCGUGGAAGGGUGGCAAUGGGAGAACGUAGAAGGCUUCAGAUUCAAGUUUCUUUUUGUUUGCUUAUCAUGACUGUCAUACAUGUAAUAGUGCUUUGCGGCUAUACCCUUUGAACAUAUUAAACAGCAACAGGGCACAGCAGGAUGGCACUUACUGCAGUUUCCGCGUGUAUGGGGAAGCAUAGCUAGCCUCUGUACUGUACACCGCAACGCGGAAAAUAUUAAGAUGUUGGGAGACAGAAUUCAAACGAGAUGGAAACAAUGUAGCACCGCUGCGGCAUUUCCGAUAUUCGGAUAAAAUAAAUAAUACAAAGUACCUUCAUGCACACAUAAGAACAGCUCUCGACAGCAGAAAUAGAGGGAACUGCAGUUAGAUCGCGUCUUCAUUGCUACCAAAGGCAGAAGAGGGACCGAAAACUGCAAUAUGUUCAGAAGGAGACUCAACCGUUUGUUUGGGGGAGAUGAGAAGAGAGCGGACAGUAGGACCAUCCACGUGGGUCACCAGCCCUGCCCAGCCACGGACGCCUUCAUCCAACCUAAAUUCUGUGACAAUAGGAUUGUUUCCUCCAAGUAUACAGUUUGGAACUUUUUGCCCAAGAACCUGUUUGAGCAGUUCAGAAGAAUUGCCAAUUUCUACUUCCUGAUUAUAUUCCUCGUGCAGGUGAUUGUGGACACCCCCACCAGCCCGGUCACCAGUGGCUUGCCCUUGUUUUUUGUAAUCACUGUGACGGCUAUCAAACAGGGUUAUGAGGACUGGUUGCGGCACAAGGCUGAUAAUGAGGUGAACAAGUACCCAGUGACUGUUCUGGAAGGCGGAAAGAGUCAGUGCAAGAAAGACAGCGAGAAGAUCAAGGUGGGUGACAUCGUUGAGGUGGAAGAGGACGAGACAUUCCCCUGUGACCUGAUUCUGCUGAGGUCCAGCCGCGAUGACGAGACCUGCUUCGUUACCACAGCCAGUCUGGACGGAGAGUCCAACCAUAAGACACACUACACAGUGCCUGAUACGGAGAAGGAUCUGGAAUCACUUAAUGCAACCAUUGAGUGUGAACAACCACAGCCAGACCUUUACAAAUUUGUGGGCCGUAUGCACAUCUACAGAGAUGGCCAAGCCACCGCUGUGAGGUCCUUAGGCCCAGAGAACUUACUGUUGAAAGGUGCUACAUUGAAGAACACCAAAAAGAUUCACGGUGUGGCGGUUUACACGGGCAUGGAGACCAAAAUGGCGCUGAACUACCAGGGCAAGUCGCAGAAGCGCUCCGCAGUGGAGAAGUCCAUCAAUGCCUUCCUCAUGGUCUACCUGUGUCUCUUGGUGGGCAAGGCCCUGGUGUGCACCGCACUCAAGUACGUCUGGCAGAGCCAGCCAGGCCAGGAUGAGCCAUGGUACAAUCUCAAGACUCAGAAAGAAAAGGCCACCAAUCUAUACCUGAAGAUGUUUACGGACUUCCUAUCCUUCAUGGUACUCUUCAACUUCAUCAUCCCUGUCUCAAUGUACGUUACCGUGGAGAUGCAGAAGUUCCUGGGUUCUUUCUUCAUCUCCUGGGACAAAGACUUCUUUGACCCUGAGAUCCAGGAGGGGGCGCUGGUCAACACUUCUGACCUCAAUGAGGAGUUGGGCCAGGUAGAGUACGUGUUCACCGAUAAGACAGGCACCUUGACCCAGAACAACAUGGAGUUCAAAGAGUGCUGCAUUGAUGGUUUCCAGUACUUGGACUCCCCGGUGCCGAUGGAUCGGCUGUGUGUCACAGACGGGCUUUGUGUCACAGACGGGCUCUGCAUCACGGACGGGCCAAACAGCAAGCCGCAGGAGAAGGCCUGCAAGGAGAAGGAGGAGCUGUUUCUGCGGGCUCUGUGCCUGUGCCACACGGUGCAGGUGAAGGAGUCGGGGCCGGGUGGGGUCGGAGGUUGGGUCAGAGGCCUGGACCAGGUGGACGGAGGAGACCUCGGACUGGAGGAGCAGUGUGGCUUCAUCGCCUCCUCACCCGAUGAGGUGGCGCUGGUCAAGGGGGCCAUGAAGUAUGGCUUCCUGUUUCUGGGUUCUGAUUGCAAAAACAUGAAAAUAAUGAACAGGAAUAAAGACAUUGAGGAGUAUGAGCUACUGCACGUGUUGAACUUUGACCCGGUGCGACGGCGAAUGAGUGUGAUCGUUAAGUCCAGAUCAGGGGACAUUCUCCUUUUCUGCAAAGGAGCAGACUCGUCCAUUUUCCCCCGGGUCAAGCAGGAGGAGGUGGACAGAGUACGGAGGCAUGUGGAGCGAAAUGCUACGGAUGGGUACAGGACGCUCUGCGUGGCGUACAAGCAGCUGCCCGUGGAGGAGUACGAGAAGGCCGACACCUGGCUGCGCGACGCUCGGCUGGUCCUGCAGGACCGGGAGGAGAAACUGACAGCUGUGUACAACCAGAUCGAGACUGGGAUGAGUCUGAUUGGGGCCACCGCGGUGGAGGACAGGCUGCAGGAGCAGGCAGCUGAGACCAUGGAGGCACUGCAGGGUGCUGGGAUGAAGGUGUGGGUGCUGACCGGGGACAAGAUGGAGACGGCAAAGUCCACCUGCUAUGCCUGCCGGCUUUUCCAGAGGACCACGGAGCUUCUGGAGCUGACGGUGCGCACCCUGGAGGGCAGGGGCCCGCGGCGUGAGGAGAGGCUCCUGGACCUCUUGCAGGAGUACCACAGGAAGGCUGUGCACGACGCCGCACCCACCAAGGCCACAGCCAAACGGAACAGGAGCUGGUCCUCCUCGAGCCAGGAGUUUGGCUUCAUCGUGGACGGAGCCACACUGUCCUUCAUCCUGAACAACAGCCGCUACAGGAGCCUGUUCCUGCAGAUCUGCCAGAACUGCACGGCAGUGCUGUGCUGCCGGAUGGCUCCCCUGCAGAAGGCGCAGAUUGUGAAGAUGGUGAAGAGUUCAAAGGGCAGUCCUAUUACAUUGUCCAUUGGUGAUGGGGCCAAUGAUGUCAGCAUGAUCCUGGAGGCACAUGUGGGCAUUGGUUUGAAGGGGAAAGAGGGCCGGCAGGCGGUGAGGAACAGUGACUAUGCCAUUCCUAAACUCAAACACCUGAAGAAGUUGCUGCUGGCUCACGGGCACUUGUACUAUGUCCGCAUCGCUCACCUGGUGCAGUACUUCUUCUACAAGAACCUUUGCUUCAUCUUACCUCAGUUCCUGUAUCAGUUUUUCUGUGGAUACUCACAACAGCCCCUGUACGACGCAGCCUAUCUGACGAUGUACAACAUCUGCUUCACCUCUAUGCCCAUCCUGGCCUACAGCCUCCUGGAGCAGCAUAUCUGCAUGGAGAUCCUCAUGGACAAUGCCACUUUAUACAGGGCCAUGGCCAAGAAUGCCUUGCUGCGCUGGGGCCCCUUCCUGUACUGGACGGCUCUGGGGGUCUUCCAUGGCCUACUCUUCUUCUUUGGGGCGCACUUUCUUUUCGGCAACUCAGCCUUGCAGGACACUGGCCAGGUGUUUGGAAACUGGACCUUUGGAACGAUAGUUUUUACUGUCCUUGUCUUCACUGUCACCCUGAAGUUGGCUAUGGAUACACGUCAUUGGACCUGGAUCAACCACUUUGUCAUCUGGGGCUCACUUGUCUUCUAUGUCUUCUUCAGCUUCUUCUGGGGUGGAAUCAUAUGGCCCUUUCUCCAACAGCAGAGGAUGUACUUUGUCUUCUCCAGCAUGCUUAGCUCUUUGUCCGCCUGGCUGGUCAUCAUCCUCCUCACCGUGCUCAGCCUGCUGCCUGACAUCCUGCUUGUCAUCCUCCGGCCGCCCCAGAACCCCCACCGUCGCCAGAAGAAGGUUGAUCAGUUGACCAGUCUGGGCUCCAUGUCACUUGGGCCUUCAGCCAGACCUCUUCUCACCACGGCCUUUUCACACGAGUCCAAUUCCAUCUAUUAAAAACUGCCCCCACCCUAUCCCCUGUAACUUCCACUAAUCAGAAUCUACCCUCCUAUUGUUGUGCAUGGUGCAACCCCCCCCCCCCCUCUGGUUAUCAGAAACAACAGCACCUCUAACUCCAUGUAUGAUGAUGAUAAUGGUUAAGAGUACAGAUUACUGGAUUCACACCUCAUGUUAUUUCCUCACAGCCAAUAAGUAAGUGUUGGUGUGAGAUAUUCUGACUGUGUGUGUGUGUGUGUGUGUGUGUGUGUGUGUGUGUGUGCCUUUUCAAAUCAUUUAGAGUGGAAUACUUCUUUUCAUUCCUCCCCAUCAUGGUGUUUGAUUCUGCCCGUAGUUAAAGAUAGUCUUAGAUGGCUGCAACUCAUGCCACCUGUACGUUCCACCUGCAAUUGGCACAAGGCUGUACUCACUGCUUGACCUGUCGCGCGUCUCUGCUGUCCCCGUUUUAUGUGCACUGCUGUUGUCUGCUGGAACCUAGCUUAGGUGUUGUUCAGUGUCUGGUUGUGAGCUGCGAUUAUAAAUGAGUCACAGCCUCCUUCUUAAAGAAGAGACUGAAGAAUAUGCCUCAGCUAACCUGUCGUGUAGAUUGAUUAAACAUCCGUCUCUGUUCUCUCCAGCCUUCAGAAGACCCUCUCCUACAUGUAGAAACGUAAAACAAGGUAACCAUGAGCCUCAUCUCUGAGCUAUCAUAUCAAGAGAGGCCUGUUCUGUCUAGGGGCUACAAAGGUGAUUGUGAAAUGUCAAAAACGGAAAUAAAAUCUGUUCAAAAAUCUGUUUUUGGGGUUUAAAUGGAAGCUCUUGCAUGCUUCUUGUCUCUGUCUGUUUCUAAGAUCAUUGUUAAAUUGUUUUUAUUUUUUGUUUGGUUAAUCAUUUGUGUGAUUUGGGGUGAUUUAACUUUAAAUGUUUGUUUAACUCAUUUGAUUUUGGAUCAUUUUAUUCAUAUCAAUCACUUGGUGUGGUGUUUUUGUGUGGAGGUCUGUCUUUUGUUUGAUUUGUCUUUUUUUGUGGAAAAUCUGUCCGCCUUUCUGGGAAUGUGUUGAUUUGUUUAUUUUCGGGGAGUCACGUUUGUCGGGGGAAAACGUGUCCAGUCGCGUGAUUUGAUUUUUGUGAUGGUGUUUUUGGUGGCAUGUACCCUUUCACCUCAUUCUAUUUUGGGGUGAUUGGGGAUUGUGGGGCUGCUUUUUUUUAGCAGUCUUUCUGGGGUUGGUGUAGGACGCGUCAUUCAUGCUAUUGUCCAUCUGUCCAUCCUGCCCAGAUUGCUGCUGUCACGGUGCUGUCGUACAAGUACCUGAAGGAGCAGGACUGAAGAACUGGGGAAAUGACGGGGUGGGAACGGGCAGCUCCGUGCCCCAACAGGACCCCGCCUUCUGAAUGCUAGCUGUCUGCAUCAUUGCCUGUUUUGUUUUGUCUUUUGAAACCACAGUUUGGUCUGCUAGCUUUGCCUCGUCACCGUCCACACGCUGGAGCAUGCUGCUGGCUGCGUCUCCACCACACUCACGCGUUUGACACGCCUUUAUAACUUUAUUUUCGAGGAUGCGCUCGAUGACUUUGUGGGUUUUUAAGUUAUUCUCUCUUUCGAUGAAGAUGAAACCUAAUUCAGUCUGAUGAAGCUGCACCGCCAGUUAAGCUGCUGUAGUUCACUCUCACUCUCCCAGAAUGCUUUACUGUCAUGGAGGGAAACCAAAAAGAUGCCCCGCAUUGUUGCUGCGGGCGAAGAAUAAUUGACGUCUGACUUUUUUCCAUUUUCUUUUUGCCAAAUGAUCUUAUACGGGACGUUUUCUUUAAAUUGUGGUUCUUCUCUGAGGAGAAACUGUGGACCAAGGGCAGCUGCAAUAACAAGAAUGAUCGAUCCCAGGAUCCUAGAUCUCACUCCAUUCAUUUUUCAUUCUAUUUCCAAAAGCCAUUGGAAGGAAAAAAAUACUUUGCAUUGUAUGGCCACACUGCAUGGCAAGUGAGAAACAUGACAUAUCUUGCUCAGCGAGACCUUACCGUGCUGGCAGUGAAGCAGCAUGGAAUUCUGGGAUGGAGGGUAGUAGGUACAGUACGUCGGGCAGAUACGUGGUUCUCACAUGAUUGUGCACUAAUAUUGAUAGCGUGACUAUGCAUGCAGUGAAUCUACCAGCCUUUUAAGAAGAACAGAGAUUAUGACUGUAUGAACUGAUCAAUUUAUUUAUGUAUGUGCUUUGGAUGCCAAAAAUUUGCCAGUGAGAGAUCUGAGCCCUGCCUCUAA